AUGUAUCUUCCACGGCAGCUCAUCUCGCACCUAUACCUUCAACUCCUCCGAUCCCACCAUCCGCUCUCCCCGCCGGUCCUAAUUCUCGUGGCACUCGAACCCGACGCGCUAUGUGCUUGUCGAAUUCUUACGGCUCUGCUUAAACGCGACUAUAUCCCCCACAAAAUCCAACCUGUUGCCGGAUAUGGUGACCUUGCGCGCGCCGGGGAGGAACUCGUCCGCCCCAUGCAAACCACAAAUGGCGGCAGCGGUGGCGUGGUAGUCUGCCUUGGCGUUGGUGGGCUCGUCGACUUGGGCGAGAUUCUCGGCCUGAGCAACCCGGAAGACGAAGAAGUGGAGGAAGACAUGGGGGCCGUUGAGAUCUGGGUCUUCGACGCACGCCGGCCGUGGAACCUAGGGAACGUCUUUGGUGGAGAGGCUGGAAUGGGCCAGGCAAUGGCAGAGAUUGAUGUCAACUCGCGACGGCGCGGGCGCGGAGUCGAGAAAGGCUGCAUUACUCCUGCAUACACGUCAAAGACUGGUGGCAUUAUCGUGUUCGACGACGGUGAUAUCCAAGAAGAGAUGAGCAGUGAGCGGGAAGCAUAUUACGCGCUUCUGGAGAUGCCAGAAGUGGAUGAUGACGAUGAGAGCGACGCCGAAGAUGACGAGGAAAUGCCCACAGGCUCCAAGAAGCGCAAAUCGUGGUCCGGACGUGUAGACGAGGACGGUUCCGACGAGGAGGACGGACCUCCCCGCCAACGAAAACGCAGCAAUUCAGGAUCUUCAAUUGUCUCGUCUCCAAGUCGGCGCAGAAGAAAAGGAAUGGACUCCUCAAACUCGUCACGCUCUGGCACGCCGACUUCCGACUCGCCUUCGCUAGCAGAACCAAAGCAACCAUCAGCAAAGACUUUAAAGCGCCGUUUAAUUCGGAUGAAACGAAAGCACGAGGCCAUUUUGCAGAAUUACUAUUCAUCCGGAACGUCGUACUCCGAGCCUAUCUCGUCGCUGGUAUACUCCCUUGCCUCCGAACUGGGUCGUGAGGAUAAUGAUCUGCUCUGGCUUGCAAUUGUCGGUGUUUCGAGUCUGGAGCUCAGCGGCCGAACAAUGACUGGCGUUGGUAUCUCUAACUCUUCAGAGGAGGGUGGCUCUGCAGGCUGGGGUGGACAACGCGGAGAGCAGAUCCGCCAAAUCCUACGAGAUGAGGUUCACCGUUUGAACCCGCCUGAUCCAUACGAACGCGAUCGAGAUAUUCGAGGAGAAAUCAACGGUGUCAUUCCGACAACUGCCCGGUCUCCGACUGACACAUCAAUUCGUCUGUCUCCCGAGCCUCGCUUCCUACUUGUUCGACAUUGGUCACUCUACGAGAGUAUGCUGCACAGUCCUUAUUUAGCCCCGAGACUGCAUGUCUGGACAGAGAAUGGCCGAAAGCGCCUUCAUAAACUCCUCGCCAAGAUGGGUAUCAGCCUUACCCAGUGUCACCAAUAUUACACCCACAUGGAUAUGGAAUUGAAGCGAGUACUACGGGGCCGAUUGCUCAAGUACGCACCCAUGUACGGCCUUGACGGUCUUGUUCCGGCCGAGCCAUCUGGACACGCAAGCUCUCGUGAGGGAUGGGGUUUUGUUCGCUGCUGGGGAUGGAAGGCGUGUCUCUCCGCCACUGAUGUUGGUGUGAUAAUGGGCGCAAUUCUUGAAGUUGGGCCACACGAGGCAUCUUCGUCCUGGGACGCCAAACGUCUUCCGCGAGUGCGAGGUUCAAACGACGACGUUGAAAAUGGAGGGAUUAACGGAGAGUCCGACUUGGCUAGCCUCCUUCCUCGUUUCUGGAGUGCAUAUGACGCUCUUUCAUUGACCUCUGAGUCGCCUACUCUUCUCAUGGAGGCCCUUCCGUUGGCUCAACACCUUCACCGUGCUAUUCUCCGAACUGGUACCUCCCUUCUUUCCAAACACCAGAUUCGUCACCUUCGCGCAUUCCGCAUUGCCGUUGUCAAGGACGGACCUGAUGUCAAGCUCUUCACCAAUCCCGGAGCUCUAACGAAGUUAGCAUUGUGGAUUGCCGAGGCAAUCCGUGUUCAAGAGCGCGAAAAGGGAGAUUCGGUCAAGAUUGGCCGCAAACGUGCCGCAGGCACACCUCUGGUCCUGGCUGGACUCGACGAGGAUCGAGAUCUCUACAUUGUAGUUGGAACCGGUGGUGGCGGUGGUGUGAUUGACUAUGCCGCCAUGUCAAAACGUCAAGAAGAGCGUCGCAAGAAGAAAGAAGCAAAAGACAAGAAACAGAAGGAGCGAGCAGAUCGCCGAGUCCAGCGCGCAGCUGAAAGGGCCGAACGGGAAGAGGACGAUGAUGAAGCCGAAGACGACGAGUCUGAAGAAUCCGAGUCUUCGUCCGAGUCCGAAUCCGAAGAUGAGCAAGACCCGAGCGGGAAGAAGCAUCUCCUGCGCAACCGGUUCGGCAUUGCCUUCCAGGAGGUGGUCCAAGAAACCAAUGCGCGAGUCCGCAUCGACAGCUUCGAUCACUGCGUGGUCGAGGUCCAAAAGGACGAUCUGGGCGGCUUCCUCGAGGCGCUGAGUUUCCGCAGCGUGGUGGGCUGA